AAGUAAAAUAGAUAAACACAGAGGGUUGUUGAUAACUGAUAGGCAUGCGAAUUUAUGUAGAUUUAUUGCAUAAAUGUUUGUUUGUGUGCAGCAUUAUUCUGUAGGAGACUCUUGGACUUAUCUUUUCUCUGCAACUGUAGAGUCUGCCAGUAAUGGCGAUUUCCAGAGUAAGAUCACUCUUGCCUUUUUCUAGUGCUAUACACAAGUCUGUUUCUUCCAUCUACAGAUUCUAUUCAUCAACCUCCUCAACCCACUUUGAGAAUGUUGGGUUCAUAGGGCUGGGAAAUAUGGGCUCCAGAAUGGCGAACAAUCUAAUUAUGGCUGGAUAUAAAGUUGCAGUUCAUGACAUAAACCAUGAAGUCAUGAGGAUGUUUGCAGAGCGGGGAGUUCCCACAAAAGAAACUCCUUUUGAAAUUGCAGAAACAAGUGAUGUUGUAAUUACCAUGUUGCCUUCAUCCUCCCAUGUAUUGGAUGUUUACACUGGACCAAAUGGUCUGAUUCAUGAUGGGAAUCUGCUAAGACCAAUGUUGUUCAUAGAUUCGUCUACAAUUGAUCCCCAGACAUCAAGAAGGCUUUCUGUGGCAGUAUCUAACUGUGGCCUAAAACAAAGGAAAGAUAUCUGGGAGACCCCCAUAAUUUUGGAUGCCCCUGUAUCUGGAGGUGUUCUUGCUGCAGAAACUGGGACACUUACUUUCAUGGUUGGUGGAUCAGAGGAAGCUUAUCUGGCUGCAAAAUCCUUAUUCCUCUCCAUGGGUAAAAAUACAAUCUAUUGCGGUGGAGCAGGAAAUGGUUCAGCAGCAAAGAUCUGCAACAAUUUGGCGAUGGCUGUGAGUAUGCUUGGAGUGUCCGAAGCCUUUGCUCUUGGUCAGUCUCUAGGAAUUGCUGCUGGUACCCUAGCAAAGAUAUUCAAUUCUUCAAGCGCUCGCUGUUGGAGUAGUGACAGUUAUAAUCCAGUUCCUGGAGUGAUGGAAGGGGUGCCCUCUUCGAGGAAUUAUGUUGGUGGAUUUGCAACUAAGCUUAUGGCUAAAGACUUAAACCUUGCUGCAGAAUCAGCCAAAGAGACCGGCCUCACAUGCCCAUUGACAUCCCAAGCAAAAGAGAUAUUUGUGGAGCUUUGCAAGGAGGGUCAUGAAGCCAAGGACUUCUCCUGUGUUUUUCGCCAUUAUUACUCAGGCAAGGAUGAGCAUUAGUUUGAAAUGUGCUUGUGGAAGAUCCCAAGUACUGCUGAAGUUUAAUAAAAGAAGCUUAUGUUUGCAUGCCCGUGUACUUUGCAACCUUUCUAGUAAUAAGUUAACAGUGUUGUUUUUCA